AGAAUACGCCUUCUAAUAGGUAGAAAUCCGGGUCUCAGGUCCAUGUUCGGGGUCCUAUACUCCUAUUAGCUGGCUCAAAAUUUCUUAUAGAGAGAGAGAGAGCGAGACCCAUCUAACUAGAGGAAUUCAUUCCCCUCAGAUUUAUUCGGUCGGCUGCGACCGGCUCCCGUGGUGCGAGAGGCGAGAGAGACAGGGAGGCGAGAGGCGAGGUCCUUCAUGACGCUCGGAGGUUCCGGUGGAUCCAGCGUCGUUGUUCCUCGGAACUUCAGAUUGCUGGAAGAGCUUGAACGAGGAGAAAAGGGCAUUGGAGAUGGAACUGUUAGUUAUGGUAUGGAUGAUGGAGAUGACAUCUACAUGCGCUCCUGGACAGGCACAAUAAUUGGCCCUCAUAAUUCUAUUCACGAGGGACGCAUAUAUCAGCUAAAGUUGUUCUGUGACAAGGACUAUCCGGAGAAAGCCCCCAGUGUUCGAUUCCACUCACGAAUAAACAUGACUUGUGUUAAUCAUGAGACAGGAGUGGUCUCUCUCUCUCUCUCUCAAUCUCUCUCUCUCUCUCCGUGUGUGCGUGCGUGUGUGGUGUUAAUCCUUAGACAGGAGUGGUAGAGCCGAAAAAAUUUGGCCUUCUGGCAAAUUGGCGACGCGAAUACACAAUGGAAGACAUAUUAACACAGCUUAAGAAAGAAAUGGCAGCAUCACAUAACCGGAAACUAGUCCAGCCCCCUGAAGGUACUUUCUUCUAGGUUGAUUGAUGUGAAAGUAUCAUCAUCUGAUGGAGUGGACAUUGUGAAUUUAUUAAUCAACCAAAAAUCUUACGAAGUGCUGGAGGUGGAAGUUUGCAAAUUAUAUCUAGCUGGCGCAGCUGUGCAUUGCUCGCACUGAUGGUAAAAGGAGUACCUUCAACAGACAUGAAGAAAUUAAUGUUCACAGUGCCUGUUUUGGUACCUUACUGUUCUUUGUGCUACAAACAAUGAAACUAUGCGCUUGGAAUUUAGAUUGUAUGGAUUGACCAUAUGAUUAAAUAUGUUAAUUGAAAUCAGAAUUUGAUCUA